AGCCAUUGUCGUCCAGAACUCCUCGCUGGUUGCAAAGCGGCACGCAGCAAUGCACAGGCAUGUUACCGAAUGCCGAGGAGAACCGGAUUCAACGGAAAUUCGUCGGGCAGGCAGAUGAAAACUUAGGCGCUCAGUAUAGUUUUGCUUGCCGGUCCGCUUCGUCAGUGCGCGGCGCGCAGACGCCGACUUCGCCCAGCUAAUGGCGCCGAUCUCAUAGUCGCUGUCGUUCUCAAUAGGUUGUACUGAAUUCCGAAACCGCUCUAUUAUAGUCGGUGGAGCGCAGCCCCUGCGGUCAGUCGCGUAGCUAGGUCGUCUGGCACCCGGGGCCCAUAGAUAUUCUGUCACCCCCCCGGGUGUAGCCGGCGGAAAGAGGGGUGUCUUCAGACGUAUAUGACGCCCCCCCCCCCCCUCCGUCACUGGCCCCUGCACCCGGGGCCCACGGCCCCCCGGCCCCCCCUGGUGCUACGACACUGCCUGCGGUGUCUUUCAGGUUCUGCGCUUCCGCCAUCUGACGGUACCACGCCGAGGAGAAAGAGAGAUAGAGAUAGGGAGAGGAGUACAGGCACGCGAUAGGCGUGCUCGAGUGGUCUUACGCGAGGCUCCUUAUCGAUGCGAAGCGUAAAGGUUUUCUCACCGACGCCACCGAGACAUUCAGAAGCGGUGACUGAGAAAUUGGCGCUGUACACUGGGCGGGAACAGAUACGCUCUUCGACAAGCACGUGAUUUCGAGGGAGUCACUACGACUGGAUCUUCUCGGGUCUCGCCGACCGAGCCAUCUAUUCCCGCUUUGUUUCGUUUUGCUGCGGUAUCAUACGAGGCUUUUUUUGAACGGCCUGCGUACGCUCGGGGACCUGCUUACGUUUAAGCAACGAGUGAAGACGGAGAACUUCAGCAGUGCGCUGCGUCCCGGCGACCGUGUGGGCAAGAAUCCGUGCAGCCAUGGAAAUCGCCUUAGAUUUCUACACGACCAGUAUGUGGAAAGAUCCUGGCGACGUCACUCGCGAGACCCUGCACCGUCACCACUACCGGCUUCGCAAGGAGGCGCUCGAGCGGUAUACACAGACGCUCAAGAUGGGCGGCGAAGAGCGGGCAUCGCUCCAUGUGCAGGAGCUCAAAGAGAGAAUCGACACCACUUUCCAAGUCUACCGCGAGUACCUGGAAGAAAAGAACAGCACGUUCGUCGACAGAGUAGCCUCCAAGGUUAAGCUGGGCCUCCUCACCGCCGGUGUGGGGGCUGCAGUCGCCACUGCAGCCAUGGUGCCGAUGUCCAUAAGGGCUGGUUUACUUGCUGCUAUGGGGGUUGUGUCCCUGACCGGACACACUAACGAUGGCAUAGUGAAACAGAAGCUUGCCGAGCUCAAGGAAAUGGAGAGGAAGAACAAAGCAUCGAUGGCUGCAAAGGCAGCCAAGGGCAUCAAAGCGUACGACGAUGACGGCGACAACUCUGACGAGCAGGCACCUCUGGUGGAUACCGCACCUGUCCUACGGAAAUCCGCAAAGGGGAGCUACUAGUGUCCCGAAAGUAUAAUUUUAUUCAUAUCGUACUUGAUAAUGUCCCUAGAUAAAAAGAUUCAAAGUAUUGGGUCA